AGCUGGAGGCUGCGGACGCAGGCCAGCUGAAUCCCAGCAGCCGCCGCGGAGACAUCAUGAGGCCCCUGAUGACCCUCGCCCUGCUGGCCCUGGCCGUCCUCUGCCUCGCUGGCCAGGCAGGUGCAAAGCCCAGCCGUGCAGAGUCCGGCCGAGGAGCAGCCUUCGUGUCCAGGCAGGAGGGCAGUGAGGUGGUCAAGAGACCCCGUCGCUACGUGGACCCGGGGCUGGGAGCCCCAGGCCCCUACCCGGACCCCCUGGAGCCCAAGAGGGAGGUGUGCGAGCUCAACCCCGACUGCGACGAGCUGGCAGACCACAUCGGCUUCCAGGAGGCCUACGCGCGUUUCUACGGAACCGCCUAGAGCCUGCCGCCCGCCCUGCCGCCUGCCCACGGGCGCCCGCCGCCUCCCCGCGCCCUCACCCCUGCCCUACCCGUGUGGGGUCCCCACCGGCCCAGCUGCUCCAGAAUAAAUCCAGAAGAGGAA